AUGUCUUCGGCCGCACUCCAAGCAGCGCCUCAUCAACCCACAUCCGUGUCUUCACAUUCUCCCGUGGCAGCAACAGCUUCUAACAGGCCUUACACCGCUGGGUCAUCGCAGUCUCGGGAACAGCAAUAUUACAAUCAGAAUCUUCCAAACGCGUCGCCUUCGUCAACCCGGCGACCCAACAGACGACCCAGCGGCAAUGGCGCAAACUCGAAUAAUCUUAAUUCCUCCCAGCAACAACAAACACAAUAUUAUUCACCGUCAGGCAAUACUUCCUCCCCUUCCGCGCCGGUAAACUCGCGUAGCCAACCUUCAAGUCACCCAUCAUCGCCCAUUGUUUCCACUUUACCUCCUACUGGUUAUCCUACAAUGGCACCCGGUGAUGCCCAGAUAGGUCGUGCUCCAGUUGUCUCACCUCGAACAUCCUCGAACCGGAACCCUGCACAUGCCGCAGCCUCUGCAGCAGAGCGAAACUCAAGACGGGCAGCAUACAAUGAGCCUAAAAACUCUCCACGCGCGAUACAAGGCGAUGGAUCACAAGAUAGGGUGGAAAGACAGCGCAGCAAUGGCAAUACCCAAGUCAAUGGAGCUGAUAAAGGAGAUGAUGCUGUAGCCGCGGCUAAUGCAGCUGCUCGAUCAAGGCGAAGACAGCAACCAUCCAGUGAAGCUGUUCUCCCACAUAGACCAAGUGGGAGCCGUGAUUCUAGAGCCCCUCCGCAGUCUUCCUCUGCUAGGGCUGCUGCUAGCACCCGGUCACCAGAGACACUUUCUAGAGAGAACAGCCACAUCCUGAAUGUUAUCAAAGUCAGCGACCCCGAGCAAGAUCUCGUCCGUUUAGAGGAGCGCAAGGCAGAGGCUAUUCCUUCUUCACCCACUACACAUGCGCCUAUGGGGGUUAUAUCCAACGAAGGCGCUCCAGAUGUCCCUAGAAGCGGAGGUCGAAGUAGGCAUGAUCAUACAGCAAGCAAGCGCGAGAAGAGCAGCAAAUUCGGGGACUACUUCCUGGGAGCUACAUUAGGUGAAGGAGAGUUUGGGAAGGUCAAGAUGGGAUGGAAACAGGAGGGUGGUGUGGCUGUCAAGCUCAUUCGCCGCGAUAGUGUCGGCACAAACCCUACGAGACUUGCCAAGAUCUACCGUGAAGUCGCGAUCCUCCGCGAAAUAGCCCAUCCCAACAUCGUUCGAUUACACGAGAUGAUUGAGACCGAUCGACAGAUUGGUAUCAUCCUCGAAUACGCAUCUGGUGGAGAACUAUUCGACUACAUCCUGAACCACAGAUACUUGAAGGACAACGCUGCUCGCCGACUCUUUGCACAAUUGGUGUCUGGAGUUGGCUAUCUGCACAAGAAGGGGAUUGUUCACCGAGAUUUGAAGCUCGAAAAUCUACUGCUUGAUCAUAACCGAAACAUCAUCAUCACUGAUUUUGGAUUCGCCAAUACCUUCAACCCCGGAGACGAAUUAGGUGAGGAUGUUGAAUACAAUCUUUCUAGUAGGGAAUAUGUGAAGAAGAUGGAGCUUGACAAGAUCAUGUCAAACGGCAUGAGAAGGGGUGAUUUGAUGCAGACGAGUUGUGGUAGUCCAUGUUAUGCAGCUCCAGAACUUGUCGUCAGCGAGUCACUUUACACUGGCCGCAAAGUAGAUGUCUGGAGUUGUGGUGUUAUUUUAUAUGCCAUGCUUGCUGGCUACCUACCUUUCGAUGACGACCCAGCCAACCCCGAAGGUGAUAAUAUCAAUCUCUUGUACAAGUACAUUGUAUCCACUCCUCUCACCUUUCCAGAAUAUAUUACUCCGCAUGCCCGAGACCUACUUCGCCGAAUCCUCGUCCCAGACCCCCGAAAGCGGGCAGAUCUUUUUGAAGUUGCCAGGCAUAGCUGGUUGAGCGAAUUCGAGCAUGUUGUAGGCUUCAUUACAAGCACCGCUUCCACGGCAGAUGUUGCAAAGAAAACAGCCAACUCGGAGGAGCAUCAGGAAACACCCCUGCUUGCGAGAAGUGCAUCAGUCAGAGAACCAACGAAGACGCAGAAACCACCUACGGCUGUUGGCGAUCUUAGCAGAAAGCACGGAAACUUGGACCAGACGGAGACUGAGGCACAUACUAAAUCUCACAAGGACAACAAGCGCAGAACCGUGCAGGUGGAGUAUGUUGCACCUCGAACACAAACCCAGCGUGGCGAGCCCUCUACCGCUGCUGCCCCAUCCGGAUCGUCAAGAACACGCGCACGUGCAGGAAGUGGAGGACCAGUUGAGGUACAACAACCGAAUAGAGCUGUUUCUACAGAGAAGCCAUUACCACAGGAUCCUCCCAUUUCUCGGGAUGCCAAGUAUUCGGGUGGGAAUCCCAAUUCUCAGCGUCAACAAGGCAUGCCUCCACCAGCACGCCCAGGCCGAGGCCCUCCUAGAUCUGUGUCGGAAAGCACUCAAAUGGCACACGUGGCAGGCCCCCCAGUUUCCAUGGCGAGACCGACUACUGGAGGUUCUAUGACUUCGACUGGGAGCAGAUCAGGAGCACUCCCAACACGCGGUUCGUACAGCCAGCCCGUGGCUCCUACUGUCGCAGGCACCAACGCGACAGGUCGGAUGUCACAGCCCAAGAAUGGGAAGACCUAUAAUAUUUCUGCUCCAAUGAUGCAGAAUGAAGAGGAGAUUGGACUUCCAAGUUCCCAGGUUCCGGCUAAAUUUGCGAGAGUGUCAGGUUUUAACGACCCACAACAGCCACAACAUGAAGCAAAGGGCCACAAGAGAUCAAACACCGUUGGUGGCUUUUUCAGAUCGAACUCCCUUUUUGGAGGCAAAUCAAAGAAGGACUCGAACACCGACCAAGAUUCAAGAGGUCCACCCGAGAAACCAAAGAAAUCAUAUCCACCUGUGAGCAUGAGCGGUGCAGUUGGUCAGGGCCCAACCGAUACCCCACGACAAUCGAUGGAUUCCCGUCGAUCAAUAUCAUUUGGAUUUGGCAAGAAGAGAAGUGGAAGCAUCAGCGGGUCACAAUCUACCCUGCAAGACAAGCCGAGAAGAUUUUCCUUCCUCCCAGCUUCGAUAUCUCUCAAGUCAAUUGGAAUUGGCAAGGACGCUGCCAAUGAGCCAUACGAUCGGCCCGACAGCCGCAACUACCUCGAAAAUCCUGCAAUGGCCCGCAUUGAUGCAUCUCGGAAUGUCAGCGGUGCUCUACCACUCACCGCAGAUGGCUCAUACGAUCGAGUUCGAGAUAGCCCACUGCUAGACCGCCGUGGUACAUCAACUGGCAGCCCAGCCCAACAUCAACGUUACCCCUCGCACGGGCAAACCGUAGACCCACGCUCCGGUGCCCCACCACAGUUUCUACCCCCUAUGACCUUCCGCCAAGGCGAAUCAACUUUAACCACCGAGUCCGAGUCCUCGCUCAAUGAUAUUCAGAAUCGCCGAGGCCCAAGCGCCGCCUAUCCUCCCGGCUUUAACGACUACGAAGUCGAUCGUCGACCUGCGAAUAAUAGUAGGGGUGGGAAUGGAAGAGGUGUUUUGCAGAAGAACAACAGAAAAUUCACCGACGCGUAUGAGCAAGAAAAUAAUGGGUAUGGACAGUCGCAUGUCGAUAAUGCGGGCAGUAGUGGCGCAGCGAGAAAGGUGAUGGAUUUCUUCAGGAGGAGAGGACGAGAUCGUGGGGGUGAUAGAUGA